UAAGAAAUUACAGUACAAAAAGAUAACUAACAAAAGAAAAUAACUAGGCCCAAGGUUUCUACCUUUACCCUUCGUUUCUGUAAUUUCAAUUCCAUUUUAGGCUUUUAAACUUUAGCUUCUUGAUAUUCAGUUCUUGAAGUUGGAGGCUUUGGUGUUCUUGAAGUACCGAAAAAGCUGAGCUCCCCCUAAAGUUGUUUCUAACUGCCUGUUGGGCCCAAUUUUUUCUAGACCCAAUUUGGUUAUUGACUUAUCAGUCUCAUCUGGUCUUCGCCCAAUUUCCUACUGGAGUCUUUGGAGCACAGUCAAAUCCUUCACAGAGAUCGUAGAGAGAGAGAGAGAGAGUAUUUUCAUAGAAAUGGCGAAAUCGUCAACCAGUAAGGAUGUUCAAGCACUAUUCCAAUCUCUGCAUUCUGCUUAUGCCGCCACACCAACUAACCUCAAGAUCAUUGAUCUCUAUAUCAUGUUUGCUCUCUUCACCGCUCUCAUUCAGGUCAUAUAUAUGGCCAUUGUUGGAACAUUUCCAUUCAAUUCCUUUCUCUCAGGUGUACUUUCUUGUAUAGGGACAGCAGUCCUAGCUGUUUGUCUUAGAAUCCAAGUAAACAAAGACAACAAGGAGUUCAAGCAGUCAGUCCAUGCAAUUUUGGACUCGAUUUUCACCAUGGGUCAUCCGGAAACAGUCUCUUUGUGGGAGCCUUUGCGGCACUGGGGAUCUACCUCCUGAAAGAGCUUAUGCAGAUUUUGUUCUCUGCAAUCUAGUGCUCCAUUUGGUGAUCAUGAACUUCCUUGGAUAAUUAACAUCUGCCUUAUAAAAUUUUCUAAAUGCUGCUUUCUGUAUGUCAUUAGACAGUUGAAGCAUUAACAUGGACAUGUGGGGACUCUUAACAUUAUUACUCUCGUUUACAUUCACCUUAUGGACCAGUAUUUGUGACGUUUCUUUGUAGCAAAUUUCAAUGCACAUCAAGUUAAAAGUAAACAUAGACGAAUACAUCACUAUACUUCAUAAAUA